UAUAUAUAUAUAUAUUCCUAUAUAUUGUAUAAGCUGCAUGAAAGGAAGUGUAGAGAAAAGUACAAGGGGAAGAAGACGAAUGAUAUGGAGCAUCUACCAGAAGACUGUUUUUCAUAUGUAUUAUCUCUGACUUCUCCGAUUGAUGCAGGAAGAAUUUCAGCGGUUUCCUCCGUGAUUAAAUCUGCAGCUGAUUCAGACAAAGUGUGGGAGAAAUUUCUGCCGUCUGAUUAUUAUCAGAUUAUCACCAGACUGGUGUCUCCACCGCCUUGCUGCUCCUCCAUGAAAGACUUGUUUCUCAGGUUAUGUAACCCACAGUUAAUUGAUGGAGGUAAAAAGAUGUUUAAGUUGGAAAAAUCAAGCAAGAAGCUCUACAUAUUGAGCGCAAGGGAGCUUACAAUCACAUGGGCUAAUAAUCCUCUCUACUGGACAUGGAAAUCUGAUCUUCUUCACUCAAGAUUUGGAGAAGUUGCAGAGCUCAGAACAAUUUGCUGGCUGGAAAUCUAUGGCAACAUAAAAAUUAAAAUGCUUUCGCCGAGAACCCAUUACACGGCUUAUCUCAUCGUCAAGUUCGCAAACCGGGCAUUCGGACUAGACACGUUGCCGUCUCAGGUUUCAGUCGAGGUCGGCAACAAGAUCAAGUCGCGGAGCACAGUUUACUUGCGUUGCAGUCGCCAAGAAAGCACGAAGCGGGUUCUGGAGACCAUCAUGUUCUUGAACCGAGUGAGUGCACUGAGAUCGAGAGUAGUUGGUGCGGGAGGAGACGGUGGUGGGCGAGGAGUUGUUAGAGAGAGGGAAGAUGGGUGGGUUGAGAUUGAGCUUGGGAGGUUCUUCAAUGGGGGCGGCGAGGAGGAGGAGGAGGAGGAGGAGGUGAAGAUGUGUUUGAAGGAGGUGACCGGGGAGCAUUUGAAAGGCGGUUUGAUUGUUGAGGGCAUUGAGCUUAGGCCUAAUUAACAAGAUUAAUGGCCAUUAAGAAAAUAAUUAAUGGAGAUAAUUUUUUUUUUAUUUUCUUUUUUUAGGAAUAUUUUUUAUUUCCAAUUAUUAAAAUUAAGUACAUUAUUUUCUCUAAAUUUUUAAUU